CAACACUGGGGGGGGGGGAUCCGAGGGAUGUAGCCUGCCUGGCCCCGAAAAAAACCCGCCGCCAGCAUCCCUCUGCCGCCCCUUUUUUGGAAGGAAAGCGCUGACAUGCCGAUGGUUUCAUCCGGGAGGCGACGGGAGAAUAAAGUUUACUGCCUUCCUGUUUGACAUAGAGGAUUUUCUCACUCUGAGGCUGUGGACUGGGCGACAUCUACGUCUGCAGACGGGCUUUUAAUUCUGGAGAGCCGCCACAAUCCUUUGCACACACGCGAACACCAAAAAAAAAAAAAAAAAAACCCUAACAGAAAUUACAAAAAUGGAUCAAGAUAAUUCAAAUCAAGGGCAGACACAAGAAAAAGUCCCAGCCAGCGAAGUAGAGGCUUUAACAGCAACUUCAGCUCCAGCUUCAAGCACCGCGGCUCCUGCCACCGAACCCACGACCGGCCAACAUCCCCACAGGCCUCGGCGGCCCCAGAGGAGUGCCCGGGUGGAGGGCUCUGUGGACAUCUCCGAACCCAAAACGGAACCGGCUCCGGUCACCGACCAGGAGGAGAGCGCUCCCGAUGGCAACGCGCCGAGUCAGCCCAAACCCAGCCGCCCUGCAGCAGUCAAACCUGCGGGGGAGCGCUCAGGGCCCAGCAUCAGGGCCCGUCCCAAGGGCCCCGGCCACCACCCGGUCAGGGCCGCCUCCGUCCCCCAGCCGCCCUCCAGCAGGCCCCUGCCCCCCCACCUCAACCCUCAUGGGCAGAGAGCCCUCUCUGUGGCAGGCACUGCUGACACUCAGCCUCAGACGGUGGAAGACUUCAGGGUGCACCUUAUCACCUGGAACGUCGGCUCGGCCACGCCGCCGGAUGACAUCACGUCUCUGCUGGGGCUGAAUGUGGGCGAUGGAAACACAGACAUGUACAUCAUCGGGCUGCAGGAAGUGAACUCUAUGAUUAACAAAAGAUUGAAAGAUGUCCUCUUCACAGACCAGUGGAGCGAAGUCUGCAUGGAAAGACUCAGCCCCUUUGGUUACGUGCUGGUGACAUCCCAGCGGAUGCAGGGGUUGUUACUGCUGGUCUUUGCUAAAUACUUCCAUCUGCCGUUCCUCCGUGGAGUCCAGACUGAGACCACCCGCACGGGCCUGGGGGGUUACUGGGGAAAUAAGGGUGGAGUGAGUGCCCGCAUGUCAGUGUUCGGUCACAGCAUCUGCUUUCUUAACUGCCACCUGCCGGCUCACAUGGAAAACUCUGAUCAGCGCAUGGAGGACUUUGAAAGCAUCCUGCAGCAGCAGCAGUUUGAAGGCCAGGCCGCCACUGGGGUUCUCGACCACGAUAUAGUGUUCUGGUUUGGGGAUCUCAAUUUUCGCAUCAAUGACCUGGAUAUGCAAGUGGUAAAAUCAGCCAUUGAUAACAACAAGUUUUCCGUGUUGUGGGAAAAGGACCAGCUGAACAUGGCCAAAGAUAGUGAGACAGUGUUGGAGGGAUUCCAUGAGGGGCCGCUGAAAUUCUCUCCGACCUACAAGUUUGAUGUCGGAACGAAUACAUACGACACAAGCGGGAAGAAACGCAAACCGGCAUGGACUGACCGGAUCCUGUGGCGCCAGAGAGCCACCGCACCUGCCGCCUCAAACGCAGGGAAGCGGGGCUCUAUUUCAGGGCUGACCAGUGGAACAAAAGUGACACAGCACUUCUACCGAAGUCACAUGGAAUACCUCGUCAGCGACCACAAGCCAGUCUCCUCCAUCUUUACCCUGCAGUUCCCAUACAAGGUGGAUAUUCCACUGGUCACGCUCAUCGUGGCCGAUGAGUGGAACAGCAUUGAUGACGCUAAAGCAAUAUUCAAGCUGGCGCCCAACUAUUCCCGCAGCUCUUGGGACUGGAUUGGCCUGUUCAAGGUGGGUUUUAAGCACCACAAGGACUAUGUGGGUUACGUGUGGGCCAAGCAGGAGGAAGCUGAUUUCCAACGGCAGGAACACGAGGUAACCUUUACGGAGGAGGAAUUGCCCAAAGGCUCAGGAGACUUCAUUUUGGGUUACUAUAGUAACAACAUGAGCACUAUUGUGGGUGUAACAGAGCCAUUUCAGAUCCAGCUUCCCACUACAGAGCACGACAGCAGCUCUUCAGACAGCUCUGACUUCAGCUCAGAGGACGACAGCACCGUGGUCAUGAAAAUGAGGUCCCGCAGCCCCAGCCCGCAUAAGAGCAAACGGCGCGGCCACCGCACCGGCAGCCGCCACCGUUCCGGCAGCCACAGCCGCUCUGGCAGCCCCGCGCCGGCCAAAAAAGUGGAGCCAAACCUCACCGCCAGCGCCAGCGCAGGAAGCGAGUCUGCGGGGUGUCCAGGAGAGGGCAGCAACAGGCCGCAGUGCGGCCCCGAGGAACCGGGCAAAAGCGCAGAGGAUUCAGGAGUGUGAUGCACCCGAGUGUCACCGUAGUCACAGGUCACAUUGCCAACUGUCGUGUCUUUUGAUCCAUACAUCCACUACGCUGUACGUCUUCUGUAGUGAGAAUGUAUGGUUUGAUGCCAUCCUUUUCAGGAACUGUCAUCUGGUUAGUCCAGAUGCUUUACUUGGCCUUGAGUUGUUGUAUUCAGCUGUGCACUUUGUAUAUUUUUUUAUUUUGAUACCUGUCACUCCGUGUGGUGUUUCCUCUACCUUUGUCUGUUCUCAGGUGUGGGCAGUACAGGGACCUGACACCUUGUAUUAGAAAUUACUCAAGGAUUCACACUCAUGUUUAGUAAAAGAGGGACUAACUGCUCAGUAUUUCUUAAAAACUAUCUUCACUAUUUUCAGAUUGGGAUUGGGAUUCUUCACUAAUACUAAAAGAAGAAGUUAGAUACCUAGAAGAAUGCAACAUCAUACUUGCUCACAAGUCAUUCACUGUUUGCUCUUAUUGUUGAAUCUAUUUUGAUACAAAUUGGCUCAAUGGGAUUUUGAAAUAAUUGCCAUUUAGCUA